UCCAUAAGCAAAACCAGCGGCCGUGAUCGCAUCAUCACCGUUCGGCACUAGGGUUUCGGCCGUUCGCAUCACCGUCGUCUUCUUGAACCGCUGGAAUCGGCGAUGUCAGCCCCUUUCGGAGCCGAUCUUCCGAACCAUGGAGGCGACGCUCGUGCUCAGAUGGUCGAAGGCGCUCCGGCCGAUCAGGAGGGGGAGCAGGAGGCAGCUGAUGCUGCUAUGCAGCUUGUGAGCUCUAACCCGAAUCAGCUCACGCUGUUGUUUCAGGGGGAGGUCUAUGUUUUCGACUCGGUGACGCCCGAAAAGGUGCAAGCUGUAUUGUUAUUAUUGGGAGGGUGUGAAGUGCCUACUUGUGUAUCUGGCUCAGCAUUAGUAUGCAAUCAAGAUGACAGGGGAAUGGAUGAUAUACUACGACGCACUAAUAUUCCAGCAAAACGGUUAGCAUCUCUUAUCAGGUUUCGCGAAAAGCGGAAGGAACGAUGUUUUGACAAGAAAAUUCGUUAUGAUGUUAGAAAAGAGGUUGCUCUCAGGAUGAAACGUCGAAAAGGUCAGUUUGCUGGGAAGGCUAAUCCUGACGAUGAGGCAUCACCCUCUUUAAGUUGUGAUCAAGCUUCAAGCCAAGAUGAUACUCCUAGGGAAACAAACUGCCAGAAUUGUGGCAUUAGUGCAAAGUUGACACCCGCAAUGCGUCGAGGUCCUGGUGGUCCAAGGUCGCUUUGCAACGCAUGUGGGCUGAUGUGGGCAAACAAGGUUUGGCUAGGUACUUUGAGAAGUGUCUCUCAGUCCCCCAAGAUGACUACUUUAGCUCUCCCCAGUCCAAAUGGAAUGGUUCCUGCAAGUUCAGAAAGUAGGAUCGAUGUGAAGCCACCUAUUAUUUCAAACAAUCAUGGAUCUGCUGAAAUAUUGACACAAGAAGCUCAAGCGGAGGUGCAACCUGGAGAGUAAUAAGUGGAGCCACUUGCAGAAGACAAAUGUUGUUGCUUUCUACUAAUAUGAAGAAGAAGCAGCAGUAGUCUCAUGCACGGCGUGCUGUUUCUAUGACCAAUCGUACAUUCGGAGAGCUUAAUUAUGCGAUUGUGAUGUUAUUUUUUUAAGUAAAAUGACGUUUAUUUUGGUAUAAUUGACGCUUAAUGUUACUUUAUUAAAUAGGUUUUAUUCCUUUGCAAGCAAUGCUGCUGUUGAUUACUUUAUUAAUUAGAUUUUUAUGGUAAGUGUUCAAAUGCAUAAAUAGAUAAAUAUAUUUAUGUAUA